CUUGUAUAGUUCUUUUCAUAAAACUAAAACAAUCUCAAUUUGAUUGCUCGUAGUCGGAACUUGAUCUGGUCGAAAGAUUUCGUUCUUUCUCCGACAAGAAUGUCGACAUCUGGGUUUAGUUUGUUCCUCGGUCUUCUACAACUCGUGGGUUUCUUACUUCCGUUGAGAACAUAUGCAAUUAGGAAGGACAUCGGAUUCUUAGAAGAGAGAAUUUGCAGAACAACCGUACAAGGAAGGUACUUGAUCUCCGACGAUGAAGGCAAUGUGUGUAAUGCUCUGUCUUUGGAUUCUCGAACCCGUUGCUGCCCAUUGAAAGGAGAAAAAUUCUCUUGUCAUGGAUGCAACAUACUUUCACAAUGCUGCAGCUCUUAUGAAUUUUGCGUCUCUUGCUGCUUGAAUCCAACUCGGACGCUUCUCGAGAAGGUGGUGAAGAUAAAAAUGGCUAAGCCUGCUACAGCAGGGACAUACAGGACAGUAUUUGAUUUUUGUGCCGGGAGAUGCCGCCAUAGUUCCGAGAGUGUGGUUCAUGAAAAUGCAUACCAAAGCAAGUUUCACCAUUGUUUUUCUCUGACGUCAAAUGCUUCAGGGGCUAAUCUUACACAAGUUGAAACAAGGCUUCUUGGCAUUGACGUUAUUGUCGGAAGGCAAGGAGAUUCAUGCGAUGAUGUUUGCAAGUCACGUGGACAAUUGUGUGUGAUGAAUAAACUCUCACUUCUAAAUCAAUGUGACGUCAUGCAAAGAUACAUGACUUGUAAAGGCUCCUGUUUAGCAAGUGCCGGGGCUGACCAACCUGCUGAAGUUGCAGAUGAUGCGCCUAGAGAUUUGUAUCCAGGCGCGUGCUUGUAUAGCCGGACGCAAUCAAUGCUUUCUUGUGACGGUUCACACCAAUACACCCGACGACUCUGCCCAUGCGCCUAGAAACUAAAUGACAUAAAGCAUCUGUCCACAUCAACUGUAACAUGCGUGGCCUACAUUGAGAAUAAACUGCAAGGCUACAGAAGCAGCAACGUACACAUUAGAUGUUUUUCACACAUCGAACAGAGCCAAAACCACAACUUUGUAUUCAUUCAUCAAAUCAGCAAAGAAGACACAAACAAGAGAAGGACUUGGACAGCUGGAGUUUGAAGUUGUUUCAGAUUUGACCUGUCUGAGAACGAAUAUCUUCAGAACUUAUGAAUUUAACAUUGAUCAACCAAUAAAAAGACCUUUGGUUUAUAUUCA